CUCAGCUUCAUCCCUCUCCCUCCCAAUGCGCAAUGAAGCCGACUAUCGACAAACAGUUCCGUUGCGCAACUUGCCAGCGAGGUUUCACCCGCAUUGAUCACCUCAAAAGACAUCAGUUGCGCCAUACCGGGCUGAAGCCUUACUCGUGCGUUUUCUGCAGUACAGCGUUUGCCCGAUGUGAUAACUUGCGCGACCAUUACUCCGACUGUGCCAAACGAGGCGACCAGAAAAUCCCCGAAACGGGCCAGAGAGGCAGACGACGCCAUGCCUGCCAGUCAUGUACCCUGAUGAAACUACGCUGCGAUGGAGAGAACCCUUGUAGUUCCUGUCGAAAGCGGAAUAUCCAGUGCAAUGGCCGUCAGAAACCUGAGUCCGCGACCGCCGGGCCUAUUCAGGAGAUUCGCAGUCUUGCUGUUUCAGACAGUUCAUCCGCCGUAGGGUCUGCGUCAACAAAGAGUGAGGAGUAUGAUCAGUCGCUAGACCGAGGAUCAAUCAAGUUCCUUCUCAAUGCUGGCACCGAUAGCUUCACCGAGCGGUUUCAUCUUCCUCCGCGUAACGAUCGUUUCAGAGGGCUCGUCUUCCAUAACCAGAAAAAUGGCCUCGAGGAUCUUCCAGAUGCGGCUCCAUCCUACGAUGUGACGGCGGAUGAAACAACUGUCAUGCCCGCCUUCAUCGAAUGGGAUCCUGCGACCCUGUCUUUCUUUCAGGACACGUUUAUCAGCCUCUUCCAUGGUCCCUUCAGUGAUGUACCCAAGUCUACAGAGAAUUCGUAUUCGGAUGGAGCGGUUUACGAAGCUCUUUUACCUGGUCUAGAUCCAUGUCUAACAUUGUCGGGUUGUCAAACUGCAUAUGAGCCAGAGAAGCCGUUUUCCACUGCAUUGAUCCAAUCGAUACUCUCAAGGGUGUGGACUGUCCCGCUUUGCGCGAAAGCGCAGACCGAGCUAACCAGCGAUCUCAACUUCCUUCUGACGACCUCCCGCAUUCGGAGGUUCGUGUCAUUUUAUUUCAAGUACUGGCACCCGAAUGGCCCGAUGAUCCAUCCGCCGUCGUUCAACGUGGAUACGGCGCCGUUGCCCCUGCUUGCGGCUGUGGUUUUCAUGGGCGCCAUUUAUUCCAACGAUGUAAGAGAGACUUCUAUUGCCAAGAAGCUCCUCGACUUCGCGGAGCUGUUUGUCUAUUCUAGCGCUAUAUUUUCGUACGAGAGUGAAAUUGGUGCCAAUUUCGGUGGCACCACAGAAUCAUUCAAUGAGAAUGUCAACAGUUGGACUCAAUUCCAGAGUAUCCAAGCAGGAUUUCUCAUGGUUAUUGUGCAAUACUGGGCAGGGAGUCGAGCGGCACGAAACCGCGCAAUGGAGAGCCGAUUCAGUGACUUGAUAAAGGCCUGCCGCCGAAUUGGGCUUCUUGACUGCCGGCAUCAGCCGCAGGAGCCGGUGUCUGAGGAACUAUGGAUCCAGACAGAGUCACGAAUUCGGUAUGGGAUUUAUCACCUGGUCCCAACGCCAAUGCAUCGGAACUGACAGAUCCCUCGACAGGACUAUCAGCAUCAUCUCACUCAUGGACUGCGCAUUCUUGUUCUUCCAGAACUUCCCAUGUCGGGUGAUGCAUACCGAAAUGAAAUGCGAAUUUCCCUGUGAUGAGUCGGUGUUCAACUCACCCCAUCCAUUUUCGGAGCCCAAGUUCUGUUACACACGCGGUGUCAGGCUCUGCGAUGCCUUCCAGUACCUUUUUGAGGAACGUCCCAAGCAGGAGCCUUCCGCCACUCAUCCCAUAUCAACCGAUAUAAAUCCCAUGAAACUAACUGUAUUAGACAUGUUUGUGCUGAUUCACCUCCUCUACGCCUUCAUUGAUUCCCACAUGACGCUACUGAUUCCGGUCGUACAAGACUCUCACCCCGGACCUCCCGACCCCAAUCGGAAACGGGCUGGGGCAAUUCCAGAAGACGCAACCUUGGCUGCGAUCCGCAACGCCCUGUCACGCUGGCGUGACAUCUGGCUUGCGCUCCGCAGCCAAGUAUCCUGCAACGAGUGGGUAUCAAUGGGCUUCUACAAGAAUGGGUACAACUUCUGGCUUGUGUCCCAGUUGCUGAUUACGAAUAAAUGUGGCGUGGACGUUGUAAUGCGAAUGGAGGUUAAUUGUGAAGAUAAACUGCAAAGACUUAAUGUCUUGCUUCAGGAUGAGAAUGAGUGACCUUUUGGUGGAGUAAUGGCUUCCGAAGGCUCUACUAUAGACAUGAUGCAUACUAUGUGCGUUUUUUGAAAUGGGUUUGUUCGUUUUUGGGGUUACUGGAUGGAAGUGCAUUGGGUGCAAAUAGACGGGUUACAUAUACAUGCAAUGGUCGAUACGG